UCGAGGAAUUCUGCGCCGGCCUGGGCUUUCCGAACUGGAGUCCAGAUCUUACAUAAAAUGGAUGUUUUCACACUGUAUACUGAACAUUUAAGUAGAGAAUCUAUUUAAUAAAAUCUAAGCUGCCAUGGAAGAAAUACCAGUAAAAGUUGCCGUAAGAAUUAGACCUCUGCUUUGUAAAGAAGUUCUUCAUAAUCAUCAAGUUUGUGUGAGAGUUAUUCCAAACACCCAGCAAAUUAUCAUUGGGAGAGAUAGAGUUUUUACUUUUGAUUUUGUUUUUGGUAAAAAUUCCACUCAAGAUGAAGUUUAUAAUACGUGUAUAAAGCCCUUAGUGUUAUCACUCAUUGACGGCUAUAACGCAACUGUUUUUGCCUAUGGACAGACUGGAUCUGGGAAGACAUACACCAUUGGAGGAGGCCAUAUUGCUUCAGUUGCAGAGGGUCAAAAGGGUAUCAUUCCUCGAGCUAUCCAAGAAAUAUUUCAAAGCAUCACUGAAAAUCCUAGUAUUGACUUUAAUAUAAAAGUAUCCUAUAUAGAAGUAUACAAGGAAGACCUAAGAGAUCUUCUUGAGUUGGAGACAUCCAUGAAAGAUCUUCACAUCCGAGAAGAUGAAAAAGGAAACACAGUGCUUGUUGGGGCCAAGGAAUGCCAUGUGGAGAGUGUGGAUGAGGUGAUGAGUCUUCUGGAGGUGGGGAAUGCGGCCAGACAUACAGGUACCACCCAGAUGAAUGAACACUCCAGUAGAUCACAUGCAAUUUUUACAAUCAGCAUUUGUCAAAUUGAGAAAAAUUCAGAAGCAGCUGAAGAUGAAUUAUGGUAUUCACAUCGGCAAACUGUCUCCAAGUUCCAUUUUGUAGAUUUGGCUGGAUCAGAGAGAGUGACCAAAACCGGGAAUACCAGUGAAUGGUUCAAAGAAUCCAUUCAAAUCAACAGUGGCUUGCUGGCUUUGGGAAAUGUAAUAAGUGCUCUUGGACACCCACGCAGGAAGAGUUCACAUAUCCCAUACAGGGAUGCUAAAAUUACUCGGCUUCUGAAAGAUUCCCUGGGAGGCAGGGCCAAGACUGUCAUGAUCACCUGUGUUAGCCCAUCUUCCUCGGACUUUGAUGAGUCCUUAAAUUCUCUCAAAUAUGCCAACAGAGCACGGAACAUUAGAAACAAACCCACUUUAAACUUUAGCCCAGAAUCAGACCGAAUGGAUGAAAUGGAAUUUGAAAUUAAGUUGCUGCGACAAGCUUUGCAAAGCCAGCAGGCAAGUAUCAGCCGAACUAGCCAGAUCCAUCAAGAGGGCGCUCCUGGUAAAAACAGGAUUCAUUCUCUUGAGGAGCAAGUAGCUCAGCUACAAGAGGAGUGUCAGGGCUACCAAAAUUGUGUAGAGGAGGCCUUUACCUUCCUCGUGGAUUUAAAAGAUUCUGUCAGACUAAACCAAAAGCAGCAGCACAAACUGCAGGAGUGGUUUAACAUGACCCAAAAGGUCAGGAAGGCUGUCCUCACUUCAUUCCGAGGGAUCCAAGGCAUUGAAAAUCUGGAAGAGGGACCACAGCAUAUUACAGUUCUCCAGCUGAAGAGAAAGCUUAAGAAAUACCAG